AUGGCUUCACAGCCUGAUCGCUCAGUGGAAAAAUCAACUGAGACGCAGCAUGUCGAGUCAGUCAAGCUCGAAGAUGGGGCUUCAAAGCCCAGCUCAAGCAGUGGUCCUGUCUACGGCAUUGAUGAAGCCCAUCAGAAGAGGGUGAUUCGACGAGUAGAUCUUCGUCUUCUCCCUAUCCUAGGUGUGAUGUACUCUAUUUCACUUAUUGACCGUACCAAUCUCGGUCUUGCACUGGUUGCAGGCAUGCAGGAGGAUCUUGGACUGGACGUGGGGGCGAGAUACACCAUCAUUGUGAUGGUAUUCUUCGUGGCUUACAUUCCUCCCAAAAGCCGGCGCAGCGAAUUGGCUGGCAUUCCUCGGCGUCAGUUUCGGAACCAUAUUGAUUGGCAUGGGUUUUACAAAGAGCUGGGUGACGAUGACGAUUUGCAGAGUCUUGCUGGGGACAAUGGAAGCAGGGUUUCUUCCUGGAUGCACCUACCUGAUCACCUGCUGGUAUACUCGCUUCGAAGUAGGAAAAAGGUUGGCCGGUUUCUGGCUAAUGUCGGUCGUGUUAAACGCCUUUGCCGCGAUAUUUGCCUAUGCUCUCACCCUCUUGAAGGGUACCCAUGGUCUCAACGGAUGGAGGUAUAUCUAGGGAUCUUCAUCAUCGAAGGCGCCAUAACCUGCGGAGUCUGCCUCUUCGGAUGGUUCAUUAUCAUCGACUUCCCCACAAAAGCAGACAAAUUCCUGAAGCCCGAAGAGAAGCAGUUCAUCAUUGACCGCAUCAACUACGACCGCGGCGAUGCGGAAGAAGAUCCCAUGACUCUCGCCCGUAUUCUCCACCACCUCAAAGAUUGGAAGCUGUAUUUCUGGGCCUUCAAUCUCAUGGCCUCAACCCUCCCCGGCUACGCCUUCAGCUAUUUCAAAACCAUCAUUCUGAAGGAGGGCAUGGGAUGGAGCACCACGACCAGCCAGCUGCUCAGCGCACCGCCGUACGUCUUCGCAGCCGCCAUUACCUACUCCUCGGGCUGGUUGACAGACAAAUACCGGAUCCGUGGCCCGAUUAUUGCCGUGCACCAGCUUCUUACCUGCAUCGGCAUGGUCAUCAUGGCAUAUGGCGGGGCUAACGGCGCCAGAUACUUUGGUAUCUUCCUGGGGGUUGGCGCAUUGCAGUACUGCAUUCCUGGUGUGUUGGCGUUCCAGGCAAACAACAUCACGUCUCAUUCAAAGCGCGGCGUUGCGUCUGCAACUUGCUUGAUUGGGGGCGGUCUCGGUGGCAUCAUUGCCAGUGUGGCGUUCAAGUCCAGUGAAAGCCCGCAGUAUACCACGGGUAUAUGGGUGACGUUUGGUAUCUCCAUAGCCAGCAUCAUCAUGACUGCGAUCAUGGAUGUCUACUUCAUCAGAAUGAACCGGAGAGCAAAGGAGGGUGGUCUGCAACUUGAGGGAAUGAGUGACUGGUAUUAUACCCUUUAG